AUGAACAUGCAACGAGAUGAAGACACUGUCAUGGGGGAAGCGGGCCCCCAUAAUCUCAAUCCCGUCCCUCCACUUCAUCCCGCAAGCGGAGGUCCCAGCAGGCAUCCAGUCCCGGUGCGUUUGAAUGGGGAAGCUGAUCCUCCAAUUGCUCCUCCACUACUUGGACCUUCAGCGGGCGUGUCCUUACCCCCACGCCCACCAAGUCCACGAGCACUCGACAGCCGGAGCGUGUCUCCUCAAAAGGGCCUGGUCAAGUCCAUUGAGUCUGGACCUGUAACUGAGGAAGACCUUCUAAUAGAAGAGAACUCUGACUGGUCGGAAGAUGAUACGGCGACUCACGGGGUUCUCCCGCUUGCAUCGCUUCCAACGGGACUCUGCUACGACAUCAGGAUGCGCUAUCAUUGCGAGGUUCGGCCGACAGCAGACGUUCACCCAGAAGACCCUAGGAGAAUCUACUACAUCUACAAAGAAUUAUGCCGAGCAGGUCUAGUGGACGAUCCGGAGUCAUCUAGACCGCUGGCAUGUCGGCCCUUGAAGCGAAUCGACGUGCGCAAUGCGACUGUAGAAGAGAUAUGUCUAGUUCAUACGCCAGAGCAUUAUAUAUUUGUCGAAAGCACAAAGGACAUGUCUGAUGACCAGCUUAUCGACUUGGAACAUACGCGAGACUCGAUCUAUUUCAACAAGCUUACCUUUGCAUCUGCCCUUCUCUCUACCGGAGGAGCGAUCGAAACCUGCUUGGCCGUGGCCACGCGGAAAGUGAAAAAUGCCAUUGCGGUUGUGAGACCGCCAGGGCAUCAUGCAGAGCAUGACAAGACAAUGGGAUUCUGUCUGUUUAACAACGUAUCCGUUGCCGCACGGGUGUGUCAAAAGCAGCUGGGGGAGAAAUGCAGGAAGAUUAUGAUUCUUGACUGGGAUGUCCAUCAUGGCAACGGUAUUCAAAAGGCUUUCUACAGUGACCCCAACGUCCUAUACAUUUCUUUCCAUGUGUAUGCUGGUGGGAAGUAUUACCCCGGAGGGGACGAAGGCAAUUGGGAUCAUUGCGGCGCUGGCCCUGGUCUUGGACGAAACGUCAACAUUCCUUGGCCUCAACAGGGAAUGGGUGAUGGUGAUUACAUGUUUGCUUUCCAGCAAAUUGUAAUGCCAAUUGCCAAUGAAUUUGACCCCGACUUGGUUAUCGUUGCCUCUGGAUUUGAUGCCGCAGCGGGUGAUGAACUUGGGGGUUGUUUUGUUACACCAGCCUGCUACGCCCAGAUGACACACAUGCUUAUGACUCUUGCUAAUGGAAAAGUGGCCGUUUGUUUGGAGGGUGGAUACAAUUUCAGGUCGAUUUCAAAGUCUGCUUUGGCCGUUACGAAAACGCUGAUGGGGGAGCCGCCUGACCGUCUGUUGUCAACCUCCCCCUCGACUUUUGCUACGCAGACGGUGCGGCAGGUCAUGAUGAUCCAGUCUCAAUACUGGCGGUGCAUGUACCCGAAGACACCCAAGGAUGAGGGUCUCUGGACUGACAGGUUGCAUGAUGUUAUUCGAGCUUAUCAGUCCAAACAACUGUAUGACAAUUUUAAGCUUACUUCACUUUACAUUUAUCGCACGGCGAUUUCAAAGUCGUUUGAAAACCAGGUCCUAGCGAGUUCGAAUUAUUAUCAAGCCGUUCCUCUCAUUCUCAUAUUCCAUGAUCCACCGGAGAUCAUGGGCUUACCUCACCCUGCAACAAAUAAGCUGGAAGCCCACAACUGUUGGCUUGCUGAUGUGGUCAAGGAUUACAUUGGAUGGGCUGUUGGUAAAGGCUAUGCAGUUAUUGAUGUGAACAUUCCCAAGUUUGUGACAAACCAGUCGUCGGUGGGGAAAUAUGAAAAUGAAGACGAGAACCGGCCGAGUGCCACGGAAGAGUUGGCUGGAUAUUUAUGGGACAAUUACAUUGAACCCAACGAGGCAACGGAGAUAUUCUUCAUGGGUAUUGGCAAUGCUUUCUACGGCGUGGCAAACCUCCUAAUCAACAGAGACAAUCUCUACCGACGAAUCAAUGGAGUCGUUUCAUUUGUUGCGGAGAAUCCGGUUCGAGCCGUGGCAUCUCACACUCAGACAUGGCUUUCCAAGUGGUAUAGAGAGAACUCACAAGUAUUCGUCUCGCACACGCACGGCGUAUGGAGCAGCGGAUUUGAACGUGGGAAACCGUCGAAACGCUACGGCCAACUUAUCAAGUCUCCGGCAACGGGACUCAGCGAGAUGCUGAUGUGCCAUAAAGAUGAGGUAUUCAAGUGGAUCGAGGAACGGGCGGAUGUGAAUGACGAGAGUGAUUAA